CUGCAAAAUGACUAUCUCAUACACCGUACGCGCCGUUUCUCUCUCGGCAUUGAAAUGUGUUUGUGGUGUUUUUGGAUUAUAAAUAAUUUUCGAAGCGAUAACAUAAGGUUCAGUCAGUGUUCAAAUGUGUUUCGAUUCGGUUCGAUGUUUUCCAUCGUGGUGCAAAAUUUCAUAACCGUAUAGAACAGAAAGAAAAAGGAAAAAAAAACGCGCCACAGGAAAUUGGUUUGGAGUGACUCGAUUCACUUCUGAACCUUUUUCUCUGUUGUUUCAGUUUUUUUCUUUGUUCAUUUUGCGUUUGUCAUAAUUCUACCGAGUAAAUUGCGACGAAGGUGGACAAUUGUGAAAAACUGUUUGCUUGAAAGUUAAAAAUAAAUUGUACAAUUCUUGGAAUAACGAAAUUGAAUCAACCAAAAAAUAAAAUUAUAGUGACUUGAAAGAAGAAAAAAAAAUCUGGAAGUAAAAAUCGCAAGGAAAUAAGAUUAAACACAUCGUUGCUCGAUUUAAGCAAACAGGGACAACAAAAAACGAGAACGCUGUAGUACGAAAAAGAAAUCAUAUCAAAUCAUUGGAAAUUCAGAAAAUGAGGUCAAAACGCAACACAAAACAGAUAAUGAGCGUUUUAUUUGUUCUGCUCAACAUUCUCCUGCUUUGUAAUGGAGUCGCGUUCGCCGCACCGAAUGCGAUCGAAGAAUCACAUCGCCAGUAUCAAGUGAAACGAUCAUCAAAUGGACUCAGAUAUUCUGGUGCAAAUAAUGUCCAAGCACAGGGUGGUAUCAUCGAUCGUGUUCGACGUGAGUUGGGUCGCUAUUCAACAACAAAUGCAGCGAAUGGCGUGACAUGUACAACCGAAUGUCGUUUGUUAUCUGGUUACAGUGCUCGCUCCCAAGCCGAAUUGGAUGCAUUGGCCCGUGAAAUGACCAAUAAAAUUGUACACGAUUUGCAAACGGGCAAAAUUCAACGUGGUCAAAUCAAUUCGCCAAAUUGGUUUGAAAACCGUGUGGCCGAUCAUUUCCAAAGUCAACAACAGCAUCAGCAACAAAGCAGUCAAUUCCAACAGCAAUCACAAAGCCAACAAAGCUACGGAUACAUUCAACCAAUUUCCACGGGCAAUUCAUACCAACGCGUCGUUGAGGAACAUCACAAAGAAGUUAACCGAAACUCUGCCUAUCCGCAAACAAUUUUCACUGGCGGCGCAACCAUUGUGCAUCGCAACAAUUGCACGGAUCAAAUUCAUCACGGUUCAUCAUUACCUCACUUCAACACUCAAAAUCAUUUCAAUCAUGAACGCGUUGAAAGCAAUCGUCAAGUAAAUAUCGCACCAACUUUUAUCGCUCCAAUUGGUGGCGGUGAUUCAACGUAUCAUGUUACGCAAACGUUUGAACGCAAAGAGCAGCACCGAGCACCACAAAUGCCAAUUGUGAUUCCGUCACAAAAUUCCUACACACAUCAAUACGAAGAGGAGCAACGUCAAAUCCAUCGACAACAGCCAAGGCCACAAAUUAUCGGAAUCAAUCAACAGCAUCGUAAUUCACACGUUGAAACUGAACGAGUUCAUAAUGUUCAGAUUAUCACACCCGCACCGACACCAGCCAUCACUCGUCAAGAUAUUUACGAUCACUUCUAUGAAUCGGAGGUGGUGCCAAAUUAUAAGCCACGCGUCACAAUCGACCAAAAUACACAGUUCCAUGAGCUCGAAGUUCGCAACCGUCAACACUAUCAACAACCAACGGUAAUUCCAACGGUCACAUCACGAACACACAUCGAAAAGGAGGAAGAGCAAUUCGAUCGCCAAUAUCAACAGAAGCCAGUGAUUAUACCGCAAGGCUCGAAAAGUAUCACUACGAAUGAAGAGGUUGAAGUUAGUCGUCAAGUGACUCAAAGACCUUAUAUUUAUCCGACACAAAGCACAAUCACACGCACUGAAAACGAAGACGUUCAAACGAUUCGUCAACAGACUCGGCCACAAUAUCCCGUCUUUUCACAUACGUCAAAUGUUCAGAGCUUCAACGAAAGCCGAAACACCAACACAAACACUCAAACAGUCUAUCAACAGCCAAGCGGUCACACGGUCACCACAAUCAAGGAAACACACUACAUAAACACAUUGCCACAACCGGCCAAUCAAUACACGUACACCUACACCGAGGAGGAAUAUGUGGAACGUUUGAAUCGCAUUCAACAGGAGUUGCGCCGUUUGGGCUAUGGCACAUUGUCAGAAGAGGAAUACAAUGCAACGAUUUCAUCGGGCGGUUUUAUACAUAAUGGCUACAAAUAUUUGUAUAAUGCCGAUCAUGGACGUUAUGAAAAAACCGAAAAGGUUGAAAUCAACGAAGAGGAGUAUCAUUCACAGUUGCGCGAAUUGCAAAAUCAAUUGCAACAGCUUGGUGUGCAAAUGACAGAACGCGAGUUCAAUCAAACCAUUGAAGAUGGAUAUUUCGUUCGAAAUGGAGUUCGUUUUGUGUUUGACUCGGAAACACGUACCUAUCAUCGCCAAGAUAUUGCCGACGAACAAUACGAAGUGUUGAGACAACGCAUUUUGGAGGAAUCAAAUCGCCACGGAUGGGCGUUGACAAGUCAUGAGAUCAAUCAAACCAUUGCAACGGGAUAUUUGAUAAUAAAUGGGCAUCGAUACAGUUUGGAUAAGCAAACGGGUGUUUUGGUUGAGGGACAAGAGGUGCAAAUCAGUGAACAGGAAUAUCGAACGAUUUUGCGUCGUCUGCAAGAGCAAUUACGUCAAUUGGGUUUCGAACAAAUGACCGAAACGGAAUACAAUCAAACGAUCAACUCGGGCUACUUCGUUCGUGGUGGUCAAAAGUAUCGAUACAAUGCUGACAUUGGACGCUAUGAACAAGUUGAAAUUUCAGAAGAAGAAUACCACGCUAUUGUGACCAAAUUGAAAGAGACAUUACAGCGUUUGAACUAUCGUCAGAUGAGUGAGCAUGAAAUGAACCAAACAAUUGCCACCGGUUCAUUUAUUCGCGGCGGAUAUCAAUGGACGUACAACACUGAAACUGGCGAGGCAAAUGCCGUGCGCAUUGCAUCACAAUUCGAAGAAUUGUCGGAAACGGAAUAUCAAUCAAUUUAUCGUCGUUUGCAAUCGUUGCUCAAACGCUUGGGCUAUCCGAGCAUGAGUGAAACCGAGUGUAGCACUGCGAUUACGACAGGUACAUUUUCACGUGGUGGCAACCAAUGGGUGUAUCAACCGGCUUCGGGUGAAUUCGAACGAAUUGAAUUGACCGAAAGCGAGUAUAAUUUCCGUAUAAAUCGUUUGCUUGAAAUUCUCACGAAAUUGGGCAUACAAAAAACAUCGGCCGAACAAAAUGAUAUCAUUUAUCGUGGUAAUUUCUAUCACGGUGGCCAUCGUUAUGAAUAUGAUACGACGAGCGGUUCAUUUGUUCAGGUUCAAAUGAGCGAGGAUGAGUAUCAGGAACGCAAACGUCAAUUGCUUGAACAAUUGCAACAAAUUGGCUACGGAACGAUGACAGAUUCUCAGUGUCGCGCCACUAUUAACAGUGGCAUUUUCUAUUACGGCGGUCACGAAUGGGUUUACAGCUAUGAAAGCGGAAAAUAUGAAAUGGGAAAUGUGUCGGACAAAGAAAAUGGCAUCGUUGAUGAUAAUCAUUUCAAUAACAUUGAUCUGGAUGACACACACUAUGAAACGUCGAAGAAAGAAGACGCCGCCAAACAGGACAAGACAUUUGAUAUCGAUAAAAUGGAUAAGAAUAAACGGCCAAAGGAAAUUAUUAGCAAAAAUCGCGGUGAUCAACCGCCACAAACAUUCGAAGAAGACUACGAUGAAUCGGAAGAGGUGACACAAAAACCGGUGCCAAUCCAAGUGAUUCCAACACAAGCCGCUACACGAAGACCAAGACCACCGGUUAUUACAACACCAACUCCAUUGAUUGUAUCCACCGUUUCCAAUGACUAUAGCCGACGCGUUGAAAGCGAACGCAUUGUACAAUACUCCGUUCCACCGCCCGAAACUGAAAUCGAACAGAGAUAUCAUCACAAGAAAACCACAUACACCCAAACAUCCGGAUUCGUUCCAGUCAAUCAAGAGGUUCUCAGCCGAUCACGUAAAUCUGGUUCGACUGGCUUUGAAGGCGAUGAUACUCAAAUAAAUGGAACACCAACGGCCGAGAAUCUUGUUGUUGCAACUGAGACAAAAGGUGAUAUUGUUGCAGAGCCGAUGAAAGAAGCCAUUGAAAAGGUCGAAGAGACUCCAAUUGAAUUGCAUCAUGACGAAGAGCCAACGAAAACCCGAUUUUCGGGCCGUAAAAAUCCAAUCGAUUUUUUCGAUUCAACCACACAAAUUAUUGAAACCAAAGCUUCAAAAGAGUCAACACCCGGUUUUUGGAAUCGUUUGAAAGAGAAGGCUAACAAUUGGUUGCAUUGAACCAAAAAAAAAAACCGAAUGUACAUUUUGUUCAAAUUUAAUUUUGCAAUGUUUUUGUUUGUUACUUACGUCGCCUAAGCCUUUGUAGAAUCGAAUGAACUUCUUCUGUUGAUUAACAUCUGCAAUGAAACAUGUAAACAAAAUAUAACACGCCAAUUCAGCAAAACAUUAUGGAAAAUUACCUAAAUUUAGCGCUUGCGACGGUUUCACUGCUGUUCCCUUAACAUUAGACAUCUUUUUUCACUGUUCUGAAUUCUGAUUCACAAACGAUAGAAAAAACUAAUAAAAUUGACUUGAUAAACAAA